UGGGGAGAGAGGUGGCGGCUGCUGCUGCAAUGCAACAAACAGAUCUUUGCAGCCCUUGGAAAGUGGAGCUUGCAUUAGGAAGUACGAGACGUCUGACAAGAUGGGAGGAAACCGGCACCGCCGCGGAAAGGCGGAAGAACCCUCCCCCCUACAGCUUCAGUUCGGAUAGCUCCUAAGAGGUCCACAAGUCCCGCCUUCAAUCCAUGGAAAGUUCCCCCUCCCACUCUAGCCUUUCUAGAAGAGCCGGCGAGGAGCGCCGAGAGGCCUCUCUGGAGCGAGCCCUCUAUGGUUUUGAUGGCGCUCCGGAGCUCCGGGGAAGGAGGGGUCACGUGUAGCUGGUGCGGACGAGAUACGCUCCACGUGUAGAGCCCAUCCUUCAACCCUAAACCGCUUCCUGGAUUAAACGAGCUGCUGCAGAGUUCCAGAGAAGAAGACGACACGUUCUGCUUGUGUUCAACAGAGCAAAGUUGGUCAUUGUUACAGGACUGUCUUGUAUAGGAUUCAGAGUUUUGAGACAUGGCUCAAGAACCAGGUCAGGGCAUCGCAAGUCGUAUCAGCCAGGCAACUCCUCCCCUUCCUCCUCCAAGCAUGCCCCAGAAGAUCCGCCCUCGGGGAGCGCCUUGGAGCACUCAAGAAACUCGUGACUUCAUAGAUCUGUGGGGCUUGAAUGAAGUCCAGAGAAGGCUGAGUGAGUCCUACAGGAAUGAGUCAACCUUCCAGUGGCUUUCUGAUCGCAUGAUCGAGCGGGGCCAUCACCGUGACCUGCAGCAGUGCAGGGAUCGUGCAAAGGAGCUGAAGAGGGGGUUCAAGGCCAUCAAGACCAAAGACCUAACCUCGGGCGCGGGGAAACGCAGCACCCCGUACUUUGCUCAGCUGGAGCGCUUCCUCUGCAUCCGUAAUAACCAAGUCCACAGUCGGCUUCAGGGAAGUGGCAAACGGCCAGCCUAUCGCAGACGAUCCUCAAGAAUCCGGGCCCUGAGUUCCCGGGCCCUGGGAACUGCUCUAGCCACCAGUUUAGGCCAUGAGAUUACCAGUGGGAUUCGAGUAGACCCAUCCCAGCAGCUCACCUGCCCAGGAAAGCUCCUUGAGUCAAAGACUGGGAUGGAAGAGAUGGAAAUAAGUCAAAGCGAGCCACCAGCCCCUGCAGCUCUCUUUCUCUCACAGAACUCCUUGCCGGGCUCAGAUCCGAUACCAGAACAGUCUGCGUCCACUUUCCUCCGAUUCCGUCUUGCAGAUUUACAUGAGGAUACCACGCAAGGGGAUAUGCCACCCAGACUGCCAUCCGCGCUAGGUCUCCCUGUGGGUGAAGCCGCCAGCUCAAAUGCAGACACCACGAUCCACGACAGAAGCCCCUUCCCAGAUGAGCUCCCACCCAGCAGUGACAGCAACCUCUCAUCUAACACUGCCCGGAAGGAGGCCCAGAGAGCCAGAAGGCGGCGGGAGAGACUGGGGGCGGCAAUGGGUCUAGUGGAAGCAGCGGAAUCUGUUGCCUCGGACUUCAAGAAAACCCUGCUGGAAAUCGCCAGUCGGGAGGCAGAGCGAAGACAGCAGGACCGCCGGUUCCAGGAGGAGCAAAACAGCCUCCUCCUCCAGGCCAUCCGGGAGAGCUCCGAGGUUUGCUGCGUCGCCCUCCGGGAUUCCGACGAGCUGAUGGCUGGCCUGAUGCAACAACAUAGGCUUCUUCUGGAACGCAUUGCAGGAGCCCUGGAAAGCAGACCGAGCAGUUUCCCCCAUCCAAGCCCUGAGCGCCAUUCGGUCACGACCCAGACGGCCAGUGGCGAACAGGACGCUGAACCAGAGAGUGGGUCAACGGCACAGGCUCUGGCCUAGGAGCCUGAAUCCCAGCCCAGAACCAGCAACCAGCUGAGCCAGAGAGCCCUGAAGAGGAGACCAGUGAACCAGGAGUCCCAGAAAUGGCAGCUUCUGAGCUGGAUACCUCGCCCACCAGAGCCUCGUGCUCCCCAGAGUCUGAGGGUCAACAUGGCCAGCGAGAACUGGCAGAGAGGCAACCGAACUUUAGGCUCCACGCCAGAGAGCCUCCCCUUUAAAGCUCCUCAGCAAGGGGGCAGGAACUAUAGGGCAGUCAGGCCCAAGGAGCACAGAAAGACUUGGUUGGUACCAAACACUCUGGGAGCACACUGGCCUGGUUCACACAAUACUUCAAAUCUAGGUUUAAUGUGGCUUACCAACACUAGUGUGAUGGUGUGAUCACGCCCCAAGGUGGUUCAGGGCCCAAGAUGAAUCCGAUUCCUGCCUUAGCAUGGGUUCACACCAUCACGCUAAUGUUGGUAACCCACAGUAAACCUAGGUUUGAAUGGCUGUGUGAACCAGGCCACUGUGUGUUCCUUGCACUGGGUCCAGAGUGUUUAAUGUUUCUCCUCACAACCUCUCAACAUUCAAGUCCUCACACAGCAGAAUAUGCUCUGGUGGUAAAGAAGUGUAGCCCAAGAGGUUGUCUGGAGAUAGUAGAUAAUGAAAAAACAAAGAUUUAUUAAGCAACUAGAAUGUCACAUACUGAGAGACAUAGAACAGGCACUAGACUUCAAUAACAACUGAACGGUUCUAAUGGACCAAGAUAACAGAGCACAUAACAUCUUAUCACGCCUCAAGUGGCCAGAAGGGGUUACUGCAGUGCUAAGAGCAAUGCCUUAGAAUUUAGAAAUCUCACUUCUAACAUUGAAGGCCCUGCUUUUGAUCAGUGUCCCCUGUAACAGGGCUUCCCAGACGUUGUUAAUGACAACCCCCAUGAUCACACCCAGCUGCAAUAACCUUUGGCUGGGGAAUGAUGGGAGUUGUAGUUAACAUCUGGGAAUCCCUGUUAUAAGGAACGCUACUUUUAAUCUAAUUCCUGGAUUCCGAGUCUGCCGUCGAGAUGAUGUUCUCUGCCUUGCAGUUUGAGAAUAUACUCAAUGUAUCUCUUUGCAUAUGGGGCAGUCCCUGCUGAAGAGGGACCUCUUGGCUGCGUGUAUAUGUGUACCUUUAUUGCACAUUUGAAUUGCAGUUCUUUUCCUGAAAGGCCAAACUCUGAUUUUAGUUAAUACCCUGCUUCUUUGGGAUAAUGAUAAAUGUUCUGCUCAGUAGCAAACAUAUCAUCUUGAGUUUGGCUGUUGCAAAACUUAAUUUUCUCCGUGCAUAGUAUAGUACUUCAAAUAUAUUUUAAACCAGUGAUCUUCAGUGUUUUUCAACUGAAAAACAGUUACUUUGGGGGCUACUUUGGCAAAACAAAACAAAAACCUUCAGGGUGAGAGUCAUUUCCCAUUCUGCUGACCUGCACAGAACUGUGCUUUUCUCAGUGCUGGGAGGUUCCUUCAAGAGAGAUGGAGUCCUCUUAAGAGCUCUAGGAGGAAAGCACUCCUGGGAAAAGCGACACAUCCCAGCAUUUCCUUUUAAGAUGCAGAGGCUCAAUUAUUCUGGAAAAAAAUGCACCAUAAGAUACAAGAGAUUUUAAACAUCAAUUUUCCUUACUCUCCAGAGGCUUUUUUUGGUUAAACAUGACUAAAUCCUAUAUUCCUACUAAGUAUUCUGAGCUGUUUUUGUAUAAUUACUGCAGCCAGGAUCUUAUAUGCGGCUAAAUGGAGACAACAAAUAACCCCAACGGAAGAUGAGUGGGUAUUAAAAUUAUGGGAAUAUGCCUCUAUGGCCAUGGUUACUGCUUAUUUCUGGAAUACUUCAGAUGAAAUAUUUAUUUCUACUUGGGAGCCUUUCACAAUUUACAAUUUAGCUCAGGGUCAACACCCUCAUACAGGAUUUGGUUUUUCUUUCUAGAAUACAUGGUUAUCUCUGUAUGUUUUUUGUUUGCUUGCUUGCUUUUGUUUCUCUUAUUUUCUAAUAAUUCUUGGCAAGGGUGGAUUUGUGUGGGUGGGUGUCUUUUUUUUCUCUUUUGGAAUGUGGAGAACAGAGGGCUGCUGGACCUUCCUGAAUGAUGUAUGUAAUCAUGAGAUGUCUAAGAACUGCUAAUCGUAAAUUACUUUUAUUUUCUUUCUCUUUCUCCUCUACUGUUUGUUUCUUGUUUAUUCCUAUCAUUCUAUUGAAAAACAAAAAGAUUUUUUUAAAGAUGCAGAGGCUGAGGAGGGCACCAUUUCCCUUAAAGGAGCCCCCUAGCACUUGGCAACGUGCAGCUCUGCACAGUGGGAACAGCAGCUUUGGCCAAAGCUUCACACCAGCCAAAUAAACAAUUGGGGGGCUGCCACUGACCCCCCAGGCCUUACAACUGUACAUAAAAUGGGUUGGAUCCAGAGAUGGAGGAGAUUUCCUGCUCCUCCUCCCCACUAUGCCAUCUGACAGCCCACUCUUGUGGGUCAGAGGACCUUCCAGAAUCUUGUGGAAUGGGGCUUGGGGGACUACAAGGGAAGGAGAAUUGGUGGAAUUUGGGGGGAGACUUUCCACUCAUGCAAGGUACCUUUGGAUCAAACCCACUGAUCUGGCCCCCCAGUUUUUGGUUUUCAUUAAUAAUCUUUAUUACGGUCAUUGACCAGCACAAGUUGUAAAACAGUAAUACUAUACAAUAAAUGCAAUAUAAAGAAA